CUGAUAACGAACCGAUACAGUCUUCGUCGUAGUACAUACUUAGUCGGUUGCGUUGCCUUGUCGACGCGCUCACCUCACUUCCGCGUAUAGGAUACCUAGUCUCCAUUUGCAUCUUGCAGGACAGUACUCUGCCGUCUUCAUUUGUUUUAACAUACCCUAAUCUCGCAGUAGUCUGCCGUACUCAUUUGUUUUGACGUAGUCUAAUCUCGCGAAGCGGUAGUCUGCCGGCUUCAUUUGUUUUUGCAUCAGCGAAACUCGGAAGUUGCUGUAUCUGUGUGGGUUGUGAUCAGUGUUACUUGUAAGACCUUCUUGACUGUACUAUAAGGUGCUGGUGAGAAGAAGCUUGUGUUUGAAAUGACUGAAGACAAGAAGCCGCUACUGCUUUUCAAAGAUGGCAAGGUAUCGUACGGAACAGAGAGCCCGGCGAAGGGGCGGCGGGUUAUAUUCUGUGUGCACGGCAACCCCUCCACGGGAUGCUGCGCUGUCAUCGAGACCAACCCCGGGGACGACGAUGGAGACCAGCCCAACGGCAGCAUCACAGAAGUCGAGAGACAUUGCCACAGAUCGCGGAAUGAAGAAAUAGACAAACGCGCCCGAAGAAAACUCAUUAUAGCUAGUAUUUUGUGCGUCAUAUUCAUGAUAGGAGAAAUUGUCGGUGGUUACAUAUCAAACAGUUUGGCGAUAGCGACGGACGCGGCUCACCUACUCACAGAUUUCGCCAGUUUCAUGAUAUCGCUGUUCUCGCUGUGGGUGGCCAGCAGGCCGGCUACCAGGCGGAUGCCGUUCGGAUGGUAUCGAGCGGAGGUUAUCGGGGCGCUGACGUCAGUGUUAUUGAUCUGGGUGGUGACCGGGAUCCUGGUCUACAUGGCGGUGCAGCGAGUCAUAUACAAGGCUUUCGAGAUAGAUGCCACUGUCAUGCUGAUCACUUCGGCCGUCGGUGUCGCCGUUAACCUAGUUAUGGGUUUGACUCUGCACCAACACGGACACUCUCACGGGGGCGGUGGUCACGGACAUUCUCACGGGCCUUCUAACCCCGUCCUCAACAACCAGAAGGAACGCGGCGAUUCCGACGCAGAAAGCUCGGAGUCCCACCAACAUUCUCACCAAGAGAACAUCAACGUACGCGCCGCAUUCAUACAUGUUCUCGGUGAUUUCUUACAAAGCUUCGGCGUUUUGAUCGCUGCCAUCGUUAUCUACUAUAAGCCGGAAUGGAACCUGGUAGACCCGAUCUGCACUUUCCUGUUCUCCGUACUGGUGCUGAUCACCACCUUCAACAUCAUCAAGGAUACCCUUCUAGUCCUCAUGGAGGGAUCACCCAGAGGCGUCGACUUCCAGGACGUGGCGAAUACAUUCUUAUCGUUGCCGGGAGUGCUGAGAAUCCACAAUCUAAGAAUGUGGGCAUUGUCGUUAGACAAAACCGCACUAUCAGCUCAUCUGGCUAUACGGUCCGGCGUUAGUCCCCAGAAGGUUCUAGAAGAAGCCACGCGAUUGGUUCACGAGAAAUACAAUUUCUUCGAGAUGACGCUGCAGAUUGAAGAGUUCAGCGACGGUAUGGAGGCGUGCAGCCAGUGCAAAAUGCCGCAAUCGUGAUUGUUCCGUUCAUAAACGAUUAGGGUUCGAUUCCCGACCGCUGAUAAUGGAGCUGACAACCGAAUUUGGAAUUUAAAUUGUCUGCCUUAAGAGGCUGUAUUAGAAAGUGUUUUUUUUGGGUUGUAUCUGUCUUUAUGAUAAAUGUUUACGUAAGGGAAUAAAAUUCUAAAAACUUGCGCAGUAGACGUUUAAGUAUUUAAAACUGCUCCUGCGCAGGUUUUUUUUUGUCUACGGUCGAUGCUUAAGAAGUUUGCGGCGAUCAAACGACCAAUAAAAUUUUCACUUUAAAUGAAAUUUAUUCGUUGUGCAAUAGGGGUGAUGACGGGGUAUAGUAAACGAAAUUCUAUUUAGUCUGUCAGUUAGAUGAUCAAAAAAUAAUGGACACGUAUUUUUUCUUUGGGCAAUCAACCAACAAAUGACAAAGUUAUAGCGCGUCAAAGUUUGGGAGUAGGGACUCGUGACGUAACUUUUUAGUGAAUUUUCACUUAAAAGUGUACUCAAACGUGACGUCAUGCGACUUUUCAAAUCACUAUAUCUCUGCAAUGUUCAUAUUAUGUGAAAAAAGAAAAAAUAAGUGUCCAAUACUUUUUGAUAAUCUACCUGAUAAACGAAGAAAAAAAAAUAGUCAUCAACCCUAUUCUGUCUUCAUAAUGAAAUGAUUGUGUUAUAAUAUGAAUAUAACUUUUUGAUAUUUCAAGGUGUCGGCUAGGCCCCCCUUUUUUGUGCCCAAAAUCGGCUCUAAUAGCAUUUUUAAAUCGCUUCAGCAUCUCGCAGUGUCUUAUUUAAAGCUUAAUUGUAAUCCAAUGUAACAGUAUUAAAGAAUGAGCGAGCGAUCUUUGAAGUAAAAAAAAAUAUGUCUUUCACAGAAUAUUUACUUGUAAUAACAAUUGGGUAUAAAAAAUGUGGAGCACUUGAGGAGCUCGAUGGCGCAAGUGGUUAGCGCGUUCCGCUGCGAUCGUUGAAUUUAAGCAACUUUCGCAGUGGUCGGUCAUUGGAUGGGUGACCGAAAAUUUACUAUCUCGAGGUCCUCCGUGCUUCGGAAGGCACGUUAAGCCGUUGGUCCCGGAAGCAUCUGCAAUCGUUAGCACCCACCAAUCCACACUGGGCCCGCGUGGUGGAUCAUGGCCCAAUCUCCCUAUUCCAUCCAUAGGGAAGGCCUGUGCCCCAGCAGUGGGGACAUUAAUAGGCUGAUGAUGAUGAUGAUAUAAAAUGUAUAACUUACUAUAUGAAGGCAUAGUAAUAACUUAGCAAGUUGUAAAUUAAGUUGGUCAGUUAAAUUAUUUUCAAAUUCAGUAUCGAUUCAUAUGUCAGUAUUUUUUAAACUGUAUUAAUCUGUAUUCAUAUGACUUCAGUUAAAUAGCUCUUAGUGCCGUGUCUUAAGGUUGAUUUU